CCCUCAGUGACAGCCCUCAAACGCUUUUACUCCAGACGCUGAGUGGACACAAGGGAAACACACGUUUAUUUCUUUGUCUAAGAGGAAACAAAGUCUGUGUUUGCUGGCUGACAGCUGACCUGCUGCCCCAAAAAGAAGAUGCUGCAAUUGUCUGCGGGAGCUCUCCUUCUUCUCCUACCCUGGUACGGUGGUCUGGUCUUUGGGGAGAUCAGUGCCGACUUCUCCCAGUGCCUAUAUUUCUUCUACAAUAAAACUCCACCAAAGGGUAUCAGUGCAGCAGGAUACCAGCCAAUAUGCCAGCGCUACAAAAACCAGUACCGCUUUGCCAGUUUGUAUCACCGACAGCAUCGUGCACCACUGUACUCUGCGUACAUACUCAGUCCAGCAGAAGGCAAACGUCCCAAUUCCACUUGGAUGUAUGAACCACAGCUGGUGUUUUCACGUGCCGGCUCAGAGAUGAAACACUUCCAAUACCCCGUGGACCAGAAUGUGAUUGAGAGCCAGGCCGUGGUUCAAGACUACAGAAACUCCAACUACACCAAGGGUCAUCUCAAUCCCAGCAUGCACCAGAAGACAAGAGAGGACCGUGAGGCCACCUUCACCCUAACAAACAUUGUCCCUCAGCGUGCAGGGUCCAACUCGGGCCCCUGGAACAGACUUGAGAACGACAUGUUAAGAAAAUUCAAGGCCUUCUGCAACGGGUCGAUGUAUGUGAUCACCGGAGCCAUGCCGUACGAGUCUGAACCGCGCUGGAUCAAUAACAGGGUGUCUGUUCCUGAGUACAUGUGGUCCGCCUACUGCUGCCCGUCCUACAGAUCUGACCUUCCUGAGUCUGUGAGGCCUCUGUUCCCCACACACGCUGCGGUGGGAAGAAAUGACCGCAACAGUGGAGAGGAGAUUGUGCCAGUGAAUUUCAAGGCGAGGGCCUCAGUGAGGGGUUACGACGUGAGGCGGAUGUCUUUGGAGACUCUGGAGGACAUCCUGACACAGAGGCUGGCCAUGCCCAUCAGUCUGUUUCACAGAGAGUGUCUCUCUUCUUUAAGUUAGAUGUUAACUGUUGUGAGUGUGCACUGCAGUAAUCACAGCAUACAGCACAUUAUUUCAUCUGUAAUCAGUGAGUGUUUGAUUAACCCUUUGAAACUUGGAGCAGCAUUGAUUCUCUUGCGCUGCUUUCAUAUGCCUUUCACAAGUAUUUAAACCUUUG